UGAUAGGUUUUCCCAUCAGAGACAGUAGCCAAGACUUGACGAUUAACAUUACUAGUUAAAUAUAAAUGCUUUGUAUUUGCUUGCUGUUGGUUGCUCAAGUAAAUUUAGCUGACGUUACAAUAUUAAUGGUUAUUUAAUGGCUCACAAAGCUGCCUUCGGUUUAAAAUGUAAUGGAGCAGUUUUGUCUUUUGAUUAUUAAUUAAGAAGGUUAACCUAGCUUCUAUUUUUGGAAGAGUAUUGUUGAUGGUCGCAGCUGAGUGCUGGCUUUGUUAUGCAAAUAUCAAUGAGAAUGCUGAAACGAUUAGCGGAUGAAUACACAGAAAAUCAGCCAACGGUUAAUGUUAAUGGCCAAUAACUAUGAUUAUCAAUCGUUUCUUUAGGAGACUGUGAUUGUCUUCCUGUUUUCGCUAUUUCCAGGCAGUUUACAGAGCGAUGAUUAAAGCGACAGAUUGAUCGGUAACAAAAAUAAAUGUUCGUUGCGACCCUGCUCGAUUACCUAAACCUCUCUGUGAGAUUACAGCAGUCACAUGUGAAGGGUUCCGUUUCAUUCCGGACAAGCCAGGGGAAAGAUCCCAGAGAAAUAAAACGUUUUGGCCUCAUCUCUUUAAACUGGCUUUUGUGGGUUCAGCAAUGGAUUUUCAUCGAUAAGUUUUCUUUACUUCAAAGUGACUGGUCAUUUCAUUGACUGACUGUCCAGAUCAGGAGCAUGUUUCAUCGCCAUGGGAUGACUGGUCAGUGAGUCUGUGGCUUUUGCUGAAAUGUCCUACCUGGAAGAAAUGUCUUAAACUGUAGCUUACAGCAUCUACAGUUGCCACUUUCACUGUUUCACAUUAGCGAAGUCAAACAGCAAUGGGCCUCUGUUCGCCUGUGUGCAAGACUUUGCGCAGGGGGAAGUAUUUUGUGCUGCUCUUUCUCUCGCUCUCACUACUAGCAUGGAUUGCACUUUUUUCAGGCGAAACAGUGAAAUCCGUUCAGGUUUCCUCCGCCACAACACAAACUCUUGUCAAAGGAUAUACACUAAGGGAUAAACUCAACUCAGCACCUGAUCACUUAAAUACUCCACCACCAAAAGGCAAAUGUCCCCAGGAGUCACCAUUGCUACAGGGAGCUGUGAAGCUGUCCUUUGAGUCCUCUCUGAAACUGAAGGAUGUGGAGAGUGAGAACAAACGAGUGACUGAAGGCGAGUAUAAGCCCCCAGACUGUACAGCGAGGCAGAACGUAGCAAUCCUGAUCCCGCAUCGCAACCGAGAGAGACACCUCCUCUACCUCCUGCACCACCUGCACCCCUUUCUGCAGAGGCAGCAACUACAUUACGCCAUUUAUGUCAUCCAGCAGGCUGGUGAUGCAACCUUUAACCGUGCCAAGUUACUGAACGUUGGGUAUUUGGAAGCACUGAAGGACUACAGUUGGGAGUGCUUCAUCUUCCACGAUGUGGACCUGGUUCCUGAAAAUGAUCGCAAUUUAUAUGUCUGUGACAAGCAGCCCAAACACUUGGUGGUUGGCCGGAAUGCCACAGGAUACAAGCUGCGUUACAAAGGCUACUUUGGAGGAGUCACAGCUAUGACCAAAGACCAGUUUCUUCAAGCGAAUGGAUUCUCAAACAGUUACUGGGGUUGGGGGGGAGAAGACGAUGACCUUCGCAUCAGGGUUGAGCUGCAGAAAAUGAAGAUCUUGCGCCCGCCCGCUGACGUAGCUCGCUAUACCAUGGUGUUUCACAAACGGGACAGUGGCAAUGAAAUAAACAAGGACAGGAUGAGGUUGCUAGGACAAACACGACAGGUAUGGAGAAAGGAUGGACUCAACAGCUGCUCAUAUAUGACUUUGUCAGUAGAGAGGCUGCCUCUUUACGUGAAUGUUACUGUGGAAAUUGGUAAGCCACAGAGUUGAGAUCUCAAAAAGGAAAUCCUGCUGUGACCAAAAAAUACUUUGAUAUAUUUUAUACAGUAUGCCAGGCCGAAAAGCUACUACAUGUGUAAAACACAGCAUAUUAAGCACACAAAAUGCACAUUUUUUUUGAUUAGUUUACAUAUUAAAUUUAAGUUCAACUGGCAACCUCGUUAGCUGGUACAUCUUUGCAAAUUUUUCCAUAUCAUGCUGCCUUCAUUUCUACAUAUUAUUACCUGGCAUUUUUCAUGAUGCGUCUUAGCAGCCUGUAAAUAAAUAAACAAAUAAAACAGUUUUAUUUUUCUUUCAAGGAGUGGUUGGUUUCAAUCAAAUAGAGAGGUUGGUCAUAAGGAUCCCUAUUAAUAUAUUGCCAAAACAUCCAGCUGUCAGACUUUGAUUAAUUUAUGCAUAUGCCUUAUUAUUUGCCCGCAUGAUAAAUUACAGCGUAAAGCAUGCUGAUAUUUUGUGUGUAAAAUCUCCUUGCACAUGGACAGUGUGUAUUUUGUGUGCUUCAUUCUGUGGAUACACAGACCUCCUAAAGUCCCUACAGACACAGGUGUUGUCACUUUUUUUGCCUGAGCAGAGAACUUAUACGCCAGACAACAUAACACCAGUGUAGGUGUGCAGAGCCUCUGAGAGUAAGUUAAUGAUUAGGUUUGAUUCAAGGCUGCUUUGACUGUUCAAGGCAAUGCAAUGUUUGAUUAGUAGCUUAGUAGGAAUGUUUUAUUGAAACUGACAUGUUCAUGACAAACUGUAGACAGUGUUUAAUCUGAUGUAAAGCGAACACUGAAUCAGUUCACAAAAAUAUUUUUGCAUUAAAGCUGUAUUAAUUGAUUUUUGACAAGUAGAUGGCAGAAAGACAAAACAAACUAACAGCAACAGAGCAAUAGCCUAAUAUAGUACCUAUAAAGAGUAAUCAUCCCACUUAGACUUGCCAUGAUUUAUUGUUUUACAGUGUUGAAGCACACCAAUGUAAUGAGGCUUGUUUAGAAUAGCGAAAAGAAUCCUUAAUGUCCAAAUAAAAACAAAAACUAUGAAUUUAUGUAAAUUAGGUCUAAAUUAUCUUCUUCAUUCAAAUCAAAAAUUUCUGGUGUUCACAGAAAAUAAAGUGAACAUGUCAGUGAUAUCCAAGAAAUCUUAAUGCUAGAUAUCUGAGGUCUUCCUCAUCUAAAACUUGCUGGUAAUAUUACUGUUCAUUAUCAUAAAGUAAGUUAUUAAAAAAAUGUAAACAUAAAUACUUUAGUUUUGCAUCAGUCCUUCAGCAGACAACAGAUGACCUUUUGAGAAAGAAAACUCAAGGACCACUGAAAAGCAAUAAUAAUAUGUGGAAGGCUGAUCAUAUUAAGUCAUAUUCAAUUGAAAUAUGUUAUUAUAUAUAUAUAUAUAUAUAUAUAUAUAUAUUAAAGGCGAAAUUCACAGCAGACAUUUUUACUUGUCACAGCAGGAAAUACUCAGGACACAAACCUGUAACUGGCUCACAUGAAAUGCAUUGUUAAUGUUAUUUAUUACACAUGCAUUUCCUGGUAUGACAUGACAAAAUGUCUGCUGUGAAGAAGGUCUAUUAUAAGGUUAAAAUUAUUUCUGCUCUUAAAUCUCUGGUCUAAAAUAAACAUAAAUUAUUAUUUCUAUUUUUAGCAUUACUGAAAAAGACUUGGGCUGUCUUGGGCCAACUGGCCUCAUUGUGAGACCUUGAGAACUUUGACAAUUUUGGAUGAACAUGUUUCUUUGUCUUGAGGAAUUGGUUUUGUGAGCCAUAAUGAUAGGAUGAUUUCUUAUACUGCAUGCAUUUUUAAAAAUAUAUAUUAGGCCUUACAUUCUUGAUUUGUACGCAAAAAAUUAAUGGUUGGUGGAUUUUUAUUUAUUAGUUUAACAUUUUUAAAUUAUAAUUGUAGUCUUUUGAGACCAUCAAUGUAAAUUUUUCUUACUAUUAUUGAAUGUAAAGAAAUUUUAGUUGAAAAAAACCUGCAUACUUAUACUUUGAUCAUUGCAUGCUGCUUAGUAAUGGGUGUCUGAUAAACUCAUAUCAAAUUUAUUUUAUAUAUAUAUAUAUAUAUAUAUAUAUAUAUAUAUAUAUAUAUAUAUAUAUAUAUAUAUAUGUAUAUAAUAAUAUCUGAUCAGAUCAUCUGAUCCUACUUCUUUCAAGACUGAGCAAUAUUACCAACUAUACUGUCAAAAAUGGUUACAGUACACAUGAGCCACUCAUGGUAUUUUCAUAUUCAUUACUUUUAGACUAGAGCUUCAUAAUAACUACAGGUUGCUCUAAAUUACAACAUUUUCUGUUUGUGUGUGGGUGAAUUGUUGCUCGGUUGAUGAACUGAACUACUCUUCAUAAAUCUGCAGUAUGCUAUAGCCAUUAUGAAGCUCUUAGCAUUGUUAUACAUUUCAAUUACCAGAAUAAAAGUUUUCUAUUGCUAUGUUGUUUGUGGCCUGACCAUCUGUUAAUUUCAUGGUCAUCUCUCCACUCCUGACUGAAUGUUUUGUUUUCUACUUGUUGGGUUUAAAACUUUUGUAUGUGAAAAUAUUCUAAGUGCACAAGUUAAACUACAACUUCUUUUAUAAAACAUAAAAACAAAAAUUUGUUGUAGUGUUGUAGCGUCAAACACUUCGACAUUUUUUUUAUUUGAAUUUGUAAUUUAUAUGAAUUAUUGAAUUAAAUUCUUGCCACAUUAACUUUUUGAGAAUGUCAUUUGGUAGAGUCAUUUCGAAUGUCUGUGUUGACUUUGGAUGAUGUGUUAUGUUUCGUUUGUGUUGAAGGGAGAACGAUGAUGACAGAGGAGAGGAGUAUGCAUUUAAAUUCUAAUAAGAGUAUUUUCUCAUUAGAACACGUUUAAUAAAUAGUAUUUUUUCUUAGGAAGUGUCUCAUCAUUUUAUGUGUUCCAGGGAUAUCUUUUACAGUUUUGGCACCACAAUUUUGGAUUACCUGAUAAGAAACAGCAUUUGUUUUAUUUGUGUCAGUCGUAAGUGCAAAAGUAACUUGACAGGUAGUUCUAAAUAUCAGUGAGGGUGACAGAUACUGUAAUUUGGACAAUUCAAUCCUUUUUAUCUUUGAGGGAAUUAAGCCUGUUUUUGUUGUAGCAAUU